AUGUCUCGAGUGCUUCAUAUAAAACAAGUUGCUGGGAAGCCCGGUGAAGUCUAUUACCCGCUUCAGCUGCGGGAAGACCCUCGACCAAAACCUGGGAACGGCGAGGUUCUAGUACGGAUAUCAGCGGCAGCCCUGAACCACCGUGACCUAUUCAUCCGCCAGCACCUGUAUCCUGCCAUUUCAUUCGACAACCCCAUGCUCGCAGAUGGUUAUGGAACCGUCGUCGAGCUUGGAAGCAACGUCGCUCAGCCCGAGCUCCUCAACAAAAGCGUGCUGCUGACCCCCAUGCGGGGUUGGGAAUCAGACCCAGAUGGCCCUGACGGCGGGCGCAGUUACGCAGUCAUUGGCUCCAGCCGGAUCACACCAGCCGGGACCGCCCAGGACUACAUUGUCGUCAGCGAGAAGGAUGUGGUGGUGGCACCCGACCACCUCUCAGCAGUCGAAGGUGCCGCUCUGCCGCUUGUAGGGUUGACAGGAUGGCGCGCGCUGGUCACCAAGACAAACGCCGCAGCACCCGGGAAGAAUAUCCUCAUUACAGGGAUCGGGGGCGGAGUGGCCCUCCAGACUCUACAGUUCGGAGUUGCGUUUGGCGCGAAUGUAUUUGUCACCUCUGGUGACCCAGAGAAAAUCGAAAAGGCGAAGCAGCUAGGCGCCAAGGGUGGCAUUAUCUAUAAGGAGCCGAAAUGGGAGGCCAAGUUGCGAGAACUCCUUCCGAAGGAUAGACCGUUUGUUGACGCCAUAAUUGAUGGCGCAGGAGGCGAUAUUGUGGCCAAGGCGGUCAAGCUCCUCAAGCCUGGUGGUGUCAUCUCACAGUAUGGCAUGACCGUGGGACCCAAGAUGGAUUGGUCUAUGCUCGGAGUGUUGAAUAAUAUCGAGCUCAAAGGUUCGACAAUGGGGUCGACCAGGGAAUUCAAGGACAUGGUCACGUUUGUUUCCAAGCACAAGAUUCGCCCAGUCAUCAGUCGAAGCGUGAAAGGACUCGAUAACCUCGAGGCUAUCAAUGGAUUGUUUUCGGAAAUGAAGGCUGGCUCACAAUUUGGCAAGCUCGUCAUUGAGAUCAAUGGCACCGAAUCGUCAAAGCUAUGA